CAUGGCUUUGUUGAACUCAUCAAUGGGGCUUUUGGUCAGAAGAUUGAUUGGGUUUCUCUGUUGAAAAUGAGUAAAGAAUGGAUCCAGGAUCCAAUGAACCUGGCCCUCUUCUUGUGGAUCAUAUGUGUUGCUGUUUAAGAUGGAAACUGGCGGACAUUUCUAGACUCAGGAAGAUUUGCUGCAAGAAUGGGGCCUAUAAGCCCCAUGAGUGGGCACACAUGAUGGUUGUUGUUAUUCUACUCCAUGUGAAUUGUUUUGUUCAAUAUGCACUAUGUGGUCUAAAGUUGGGGUACAAGAGAUCUGAGCGACCUGCCAUAGGAGUUGGAAUAUGUGUAUCUUUUGCAAUAGCUGCACCUGCAGUUGCUGGGGUUUACACCAUCAUUAGUCCCCUUGGGAGGGAUUAUUCUGAAAUGGAUGGGGAAGCACAGAUUCAAAUUACUGCUGGUUAGAGUAAGAGGCCAGUGUAGUUAAGAAUAAAAUCAUUAGAAAAGAGAUUUUCCUUUGCAAAAACAGAUGAACAAGGAAAUGUUGAGACUAGACCACAAUGGAGUGGAGGGAUUCUUGAUUUUUGGGAUGACAUCUCUCUGGCAUAUUUAUCACUUUUCUGUAGUUUUUGUGUCUUUGGGUGGAAUAUGGAGAGGCUUGGAUUUGGGAAUAUGUAUGUUCAUAUUGCAACCUUUCUCCUCUUUUGUAUGGCUUCUUUCUGGAUUUUCAACUUGGCUGCCAUUAAUAUUGAUAACGAGACUGUCAGGGAAGCUUUAGUACUUACUGGUGUUAUACUUUGUGCAUUUGUUUUGCUAUAUGGCGGCUUCUGGAGGAUUCAAAUAAGAAAGAGAUUUAAUUCGCCAACUUAUACCUUCUGUUUUGGUAAACCAGCAGUUACUGAUUGCACACUGUGGCUAUGUUGUUGGUGGUGCUCGCUAGCUCAGGAAGUUCGAACUGGGAAUUCUUAUGAUAUUGUGGAAGAUAAGUUUUACAGGAAAGACAUGGACAGUAAUAAUCAUCUGCAGCCUUCACCUCAUGAAGAUGUUUCUAGCACAAGUUCUCCACUUGGCAACAACCAUAGCUCAUCCAAGACUUUGAUAGCAAAUUCUCCAAGUCCUAGCAGAGUUUCAAAUGUGUAUUAUAAUCCAGAUAGGCAGAUUUCUACUGUAAAAGAAGAGUCUUCUACAGAAGCCAAGGAUAAGACUAUGACUCCGCCAUCUCUGUCAUUGAUAGAAAGAGAAGCCGCUUAGCUGGUACACAGUUUAGAUAGCAUUCUUUUUUAUAGGUAUGAAUUGAUGUGGAAUGACAUUGUAAAUUUUAAAUGUCUCAUGAGUGACUACAAUAAAAUACUUACCUGCAUCUUUUACAGA